AUGAAUAAAAAGUGCACAGCAUUAAACUGCGAAAAUGAAGCUGUCGCUUUCUGUUCUUGCCCUAAUAAGUGUUAUUCAUGCCAUUCCCACGAGCAUAAGUUUGCGAGCAGUCCCCACAAGCUGACUCCUUUUUACAUUAGGCUGGACAAAUCAGAUAAAAUGAACUUGAUGAACAUGGUAAUUCAGAUGAAAAGGCGAGCGGAAUUAUUUAAAGAAAACUUAAAAGCUGAGCUCACUGGUGCAAUUACCCAGAUAGCCGAAACUCUAGAAAACUCAAUGAAGAUUUUAACUGAUCUCAAUUAUCUUUACAACAGUUUAAUAUCAGAGAUUUAUAGAAUUGAAAGCAUUCCUACAAUUUAUUCCUACUGCAAAUUAGACUCAAUUCUGAGGCUGGAUUACAGUGCUAUGAGCGAAGAAAUAAAAGCUCUAGAGCUUGAGUAUGGAAAAUACUUCAUGAAGCCAGCUAUGCCAACUUUCGAUACAAAUUCAUUCGUAGAAAUCAUGAAAAAAAUAAAAAAAUUCUCAAACAGAGAAAACACCCCACUUUGUGGGCUUUGCACUUAUACUUAUCCUAAUGGUGACAUCUAUGAUGGCGAGUGGUUUGAGCACCAAAGAAAUGGCCAAGGAAAAUUAAUCACAAAAGAAGGAGAUCAAUAUGAAGGGGAUUUCAAAAAUGAUGCAAAGGACGGAAAAGGCAAAAUGGAGUUUUCUAAUGGUUGUAGCUAUAAAGGAGAUUUUAAAAAUAACAAGAUGGACGGAAAAGGCACAUUGGAGCUAGACACAGGAGAAAUAUUAACAGGCUCGUUUAGCGAUAAUCAAUUUCAUGGAGAAGGCACUUGGAUUGAUAAAGAAGGAAGCAGGUAUGAAGGAACAUGGAAGUAUGGCCUUAGAUGGGGAUAUGGAGACAUGACUUUUGUGUCAGGCGAAUUUUACCAUGGAGAGUUUAAAUAUGAUACAUAUUAUGGAAAAGGGGUCUAUAGAAAUGAAGAUGGAGUUUAUGAAGGAAUGUUUUGAGAUGGGAUGAAAUCUGGAAAAGGGGUACUUAAAGCAAUGAAUGGCAAAAAAUAUGACGGAAACUGGGAAAAUGACAAACUCAAUGGAAGCGGCACUGUUUAUACCAAGGAUAAUUCUAUGUAUUAUAAAGGAGAAUUCAAAGACUCAGAAUUCUCUGGAAAAGGAGUGUGCUUCUAUGAAAAUGGGGAUAGAUAUGAAGGGCUAUGAAAAGGAGGCAAAAGAAAUGGGAGAGGAAAGUUUCAAUACAAGUCAGGAGAUAAAUGGUAUGAUGGCAAUUGGGAAGAAGACCAAAUGACAGGAAGAGGAAUUCUAUCACUUCCCGGAGAAAAAUACGAAGGAUACUUCAAAGACGGGCUAUUUCAUGGAGAUGGGACUUUUUAUUAUGCAACUCAAGAAAUCUAUUAUGGAAACUGGGUAGAAGGAAAACGAAAUGGCAGAGGAAGAAUCACUUUGCCGAAUGGAAAUAGUUACGAGGGAGAAUGGGUUAAUGAUAAAAAAUGUGGAUACGGUAAGCUUUUCAAUCCAACAGUAGGAUCAUAUGAAGGCUAUUUUAAAAACGACAAAUUUGAUGGAAAAGGGAAAAUAACAUUCCUCAACAAUGAAAGUUUUGAAGGAGAUUGGAUUAACGGAUUCAGAGUUAAAGGGAAAUAUACAUACAUGAAUGGAGACGUUUACGAUGGCUUAUGGGAAAUGAAUGAAAAAACAUGGUGUGGGGGUUAUGAUAUUUAG